AAAAGGAAAAAAGGAAAUGUAGCGAACAAGAGGGAACCGGAUGUAUUCAAAAUUGACAAAACGAAGGCCUAGAAAAAAGGAUCGAUUUAACAAAAUCGAUGAUGACUAUUAGUUUCUGAAUGAAUGACAAUGACCGAUAACAAUAAUGAUAGCGAUGAUAAUAACGAAAACGAAAUUGAAAAGGAAAAUGAAAACAAAACCGAAAAGUUAACAGACGACGCAUGCGUUGACGUUUAAACACUUGUCGCGUUCAGAAGCACGCGGAAGAGUGGUGCGCGCCAAUCGUGAGAAGCUAUAGAUCCGAUCGGUGUGUCGAACAGGUAGAUUGUACGAGAGACGAUCUUCUCUCUAAAAAGAUUCUGUGAGUUUCGUGACAAUAUCUAAAAACAACUUCAACCGUCUAAAUCUAUUUAUUCUUUUUAUUUGUAAUUUUGUAUUUUUUAAGAUAAUACCUGUUUAAUAAUUAAAUUUGAUUCGUUCGACCUUAAAGAAAAGAGAAAAGAAAAAAACGGAUGUGGAAGAGAAACUAUCGUUAUAAUUACAGUUGUGUAAAGCUAAACGAGUUUAAUGGAAUAUCUACAACAAUGUCAGAAAUCGAUGGCGGGGAGACUGUAGUGAUUAAUCGUUAAACUGUCAAUGUUUUAUCAUUCCAUCGAUUUUAUUACGAUUCAACGACGACUUGUUACUGACACCAAACGUCGCAACGUCGUAACGUUAAAAAAGAAAAAGAAAAGGAAGACAAAUAAUCAUCCUAUUUGCUUACAAAGGACGACGUAACGAAUGUAAUCGACUAACAAACAUGACUGGGAUCAGCUUUAAAAAAAUAAUUAAGGAAAGAAUUCCUCUCUUAAAAUGGUUACCUCUUUACAGAGGCAAAGAUGCGCUCGGUGACCUCGUUUCUGGUCUCACAGUCGGAUUGACCUUGAUACCUCAGGCGAUAGCAUAUGCAGGAUUGGCUGGUCUUAGUCCGCAAUAUGGCCUUUACAGUGCGCUAAUAGGAAGCUUUGUUUAUAUCUUUUUUGGUACCUGUAAAGAAGUCAACAUUGGUCCCACCGCUCUAAUAUCCUUAUUGACGUUCACUUAUGCGAGGGGAAUCCCAGAGUACGCAAUCCUUCUCUGUUUCUUGUCAGGUUGCGUAACUAUUAUCUUUGGCAUUCUGCGACUAGGAUUUCUAGUAGAAUUUGUGUCGGUGCCUGUUGUUGCUGGUUUUACAUCUGCAACAAGUCUAAUAAUUGCUUGCAGUCAAAUCAAAGGUCUUUUAGGUUUGAAAAUACACGCCGAAAGUUUUAUAGAUAUAUGGAAGGAAUUGUAUAAUAAUAUUGAUCAAACGAGAUUUCCAGAUCUUAUUCUUUCCUGCUGUUGCAUUUUUGUUUUACUGCUUUUAAAGAUUCUGAAGGAUAUCAAAUUUCGAAACAAAUUCCUAAAGACGUUCCUUUGGUUCCUAGGAACAGGGAGAAAUGCCCUUGUUGUUCUUAUUUGUGCCGUAGCAUCGUAUAUCUUUGAGAUUCAGAAUGGAGCACCUUUCCUUCUUACAGGACACAUCGAUGCCGGUUUACCGCGGGUGGAACCACCAUCCUUUACGAUUACAAUCGGGAAUGAAACUCAAACUUUUCUCGAUAUUUGUAAACAUUUUGGGUCUGGUAUUAUUGUUGUAUCAUUGAUUUCUAUUAUAGGAAACGUUGCCAUUGCCAAGGCCUUCUCACGCGGACAAACUUUGGAUGCCACGCAAGAGAUGUUAACUUUAGGACUUUGUAAUGUAAUCGGUUCGUUCUUCCAAUCCAUGCCAAUUACUGGUUCUUUUUCUAGAAGCGCCGUAAACAACUCUUCUGGUGUUAGAACUCCACUAGGAGGACUUUAUACAGGCAUUCUGGUUAUACUUGCUCUAAGUCUAUUAACGCCAUAUUUUUAUUAUAUACCUAAAGCUACUUUAAGUUCAGUUAUAAUAAGUGCAGUCAUAUUUAUGGUUGAAAUAAAUAUAUUACGGCGGAUUUGGAGAAGCAGUAAAAAAGAUCUUAUCCCAGCUUUCGUCACGUUUUUCGCAUGCUUGUUCGCCGGUGUUGAACUGGGAAUUUUGAUAGGAAUCGCAAUCGAUCUACUUAUAUUAAUUUAUUUCAAUGCCCGACCAACCAUGUACAUUGAAUAUAGAAAAAAUCCCGUAGCAAAUUACGUUCUCGUUCGUCCUAGCUCUGGACUUUUAUUUCCUGCAGUUGAUUAUCUGAGGAUAUAUUUGACUGAGACGUUAAACGAUAAAAAGCAUAAGAAAUCAUUGUUACAUUCCAAAAACAUGAAAUAUGUCGUAUUAGAUUGCGGAUAUAUCGACAAAAUCGAUUUUACUGCGGCACAGGGCAUUAGCACUUUGGUAAAAGAUUUCAAAGAUAACGAUCGCUAUUUAAUAUUACUACGACCGAUCACAGAAAUUUUACAAAGCAUACAAUCUCUUAGCAACGAGCCGAUAGUUAUUGCAAAAACAGAUGUGGAAUUGUUAACCAUGUUAAAAGAGUUCAAUGGAAUUAAGCGCAUGAAUUCAGAAACAUAUACCAUACAUAAUAAUUUUAUAAGAAAGACUGUCGUCGAUGCAAGAGACGAGUUCGCCAGUACAAAUCUGUGAUUUAUUUUAAAUCGAUUCAUCGAUAAAAAACAAUACAACACCACAGAGUAUUAUUUUUCGCAUAAUUCCCCUACAGGUUUGUUUUGUAAAUAUGUUAAUGUAUAAUAUUAAAAAGAAAGAACACAUAGAUUUAAU